AUCGCAUCGCGGUUUCUUCAGGAUUGGAAUGUUUCGAAUCGUCGAGUCCGGAUAAUUGGUUCAUCCUGAUCGACGGCGUAACGAUCGAAAAAAGAAACUAGAGGGCGGAGAUUCACGAAGAAAAGGAUGGACUCGAAAAGGGGAAUCGUUGGUCGUAUAAUUCGACCCAGUAGCGAAACAGUGAUGAACGAGGUUUCGUCGUUUUCGUUCAAGUGUUCGGAAUAGCAGAACGAUUCAAAGAAGAAAAGUAUACGAAACGUGAAUAAAGGAAGAAGAGUCGUAUAGAGGAACGUAUCACAUACAUGGGUACCAAUUGGAUCAUCGCAUUGACGAUCGCCUGGCUAACGUGUCCGGUGAAUGGGAAAAUGACUUGUCGUGAAGUACAACUGGCUCGUGACUGCGAAGCUCUUUGUAAAGAAAAUCAUUACGGUAGCAGUACCUGUGAAUUGAGAGUAGCUCUCCUUUUACCAGCUGAUCCAAGCUUUGAUAUAGCAUUGCCGAAAGUUCUUCCAGUUCUCGAUUUGGCCGUCUAUAAAGCCAAAAAGGGAGGUCUUUUACCUUCUUGGUUGAAAUUAAAGUUUCUUUCGCAAGACGAUCAUUGCGACGCGACGUACGCCCAAAUUGGCGCGAUCGAUAGCUUCUCGAAUUGUGUACAUUUGUUCCUCGGCCCUGCUUGCGAUUAUUGCGUAGCGGCCGUUGGCAGAGUGGUAAAAUUCUUCGGUGCGCCGUUAAUUACUACCGGUGGAUUCACCUUCGAUUUUACGCAAAAGAAAACAGAAUGCAAAGACGAAUACUUUAUGACGACCCGAGUUGGAAAUUUGGCCUUCAGGGAUCUCGCCAAUUUCUUCAUCGCUUUGAUGAAUCGAUACGAAUGGCGGAAAGUGCAUCUGGUCUACGCGACUAACGGGCAGAGUCAGCUCGCCGGCAGACACACUUGUCAGCUAAUGAUGAAGUCCAUGGUAGAGUUUAUCAAGAAGCAGCCAAACUUUACGUUCGGCACGUUCGAUGUCGAAACCACCGUCCCUAAAGAUUAUCCGGAGGCGUUGCAAAAUCACGUGGGCAAUUGGUACGGUGAUGCUUUCUUCGGCCCUGUAUGCGACUACGUGAUAGCACCUGUGGCCCGAUACGCCGGCGUAUGGGGUAUCCCCGUGUUGACCGCAGGUGCUCAGGCCGAAGCGUUCCGUUACAAGAGCGAGCAUUAUCCAACGUUGACCAGAAUGAUGGGUUCUCAUCGGCUGGUAGGCGAGGCGCUCAGACAUAUCUUGGUGCGAUUCGGAUGGAAAAUCGCCGGUCUGCUUUAUCACAAUCACGCGAUGGCCAGCAGCCGUGGCAAUUCGGAAUGCCACUUUACUUUGGGCGCUGUUUUCACGGCCCUCGGUCAAACGUCGGUUCACAAAAGUUUCAACCAGGAAAUGACCACUGUCGAAGAUUAUCGAGAUUUGCUCGCUUUUCUCGCGAAAUCCGCCAGAAUCGUGGUGAUGUGUGCCAAUUCGACGACCAUCAGAGAGAUCCUUUUGGCCGCGGAACAGCUUGGAAUGGUCGAUUCCGGGGAAUACGUGUUCUUUUCCAUAGAACUCUCGUCCAGCGAUAACAACUCGAAGGAGCCAUGGAGGGUGGAGGGCGACACGGAGGAAAGGAACGAAAAGGCGCGGAAAGCUUAUCAGGCGUUGUUAACGGUCACCGCCCGAACCCCCGACAAUAUCGAGUAUUUGAAUUUUUCGCGAGAGGUGAAGGCGCUCGCGCAAAACAGAUACAACUUCACUUUCGGCACCAACUCGGUCUCCACUUUCGUCACCGCGUUCUACGACGCGGUCAUACUUUACGCCCUUGCGCUUAACGAGAGCUUGCCCAAACAUCCCGGCAGAGUGAACCUGGACGGCGGUGAUCUCACACGGAAAAUGUGGGGCAGAAGUUUCAAAGGUAUAACUGGAGAUGUGAACAUCGACGAGAACGGGGAUCGAAUAGCGGAUUACUCCCUUCUCGACAUGAAUCCAGAAACGUCCAAGUUCGAGAUCGUGGCCAAUUACUACGGUGCCAAUAAGACGUUGCAAUACGUUGCUGGGAAACGGAUUCAUUGGUCGGGUGGCAGAUCAAAACCGCCACCUGAUACGCCCACUUGCGGUUUCGACGGCUCCCUGUGCCCUGAUAAUACUCUUCCAGGAUACGCGAUUCUGUCGAUGGUGUUGAGCUCUAUCGUCGUCUUCCUCUUCGUUGGCUCGGUGUUCAUAUACAGGCACUUUAAGCUCGAGGCGGAAAUAGCUUCUAUGACGUGGAAGGUGCACUGGAACGAUAUUAUCUUCGUGCCGAACGCGAAAACCCGGGGCUCCAUGUUUUCGUUGAUCGCGAACAAGAUGCGCGGUAGCCAACUGACCAUAUACUCGGACGAAAAUAUCAGUGUGCCAGGUGAAGUAGACAGAAACGUCUACAUUCCAACCGGAAUUUACAAGAACUCUACAGUGGCCAUAAAACUUAUACCGAGGAAAAAGGUGGAGAUCUCGCGGCCUUUGUUGCUGGAAUUGAAAAGGAUGAAGGAUCUUCAACACGAUCACCUGGUACGAUUUUACGGCGCGUGCAUCGAACCACCGUAUUGUUGCCUUUUGACCGAAUAUUGCCCGAAAGGAUCUCUCCAGGUUGGUCCACUUCUUCUCUCUCUCUCUCUCUCUCUCUCUCUCUCUCUCUCUCUCCCUCUCUUCCUCUUUGUUGUUUCAGAAAUAGUGGAAGGAGUGAAAAGAGGCGGUGGUUCUCCGUUGAGACCCGCGAUCGACGAUGCUGCGGUCGAGGAAGAGGUGGCUACCUUGAUGAGGAAAUGUUGGGCGCAAGACGCCGCAGACAGACCAGAUUUUCCCGCGCUCAAGCAGACCAUAAGGAAAAUUAACAAAGACUACGAGAGCAGCAACAUUCUCGAUAAUCUGCUCUCUCGUAUGGAGCAAUAUGCGACGAAUUUAGAAACGUUGGUGGAGGAACGUACAGCGGAUUAUCUGGAGGAGAAACGCAAGUGCGAGGAACUUCUGUAUCAAUUGUUACCAAAAUCUGUCGCAUCCCAGUUGAUAAUUGGACAGAGCGUGAUAGCCGAAACUUAUGAUCAAGUAACUAUCUACUUUAGCGACAUCGUAGGAUUUACGAAACUCUCGGCCGAGAGUACACCACUUCAAGUAGUGGAUUUAUUGAACGAUCUGUACACGUGUUUCGACUCUAUCAUAGAAAAUUUUGAUGUUUAUAAAGUGGAGACGAUAGGCGACGCUUACAUGGUGGUAUCAGGAUUACCGGUGAGGAAUGGGACGAAUCAUGCCAGGGAAAUCGCGAAGAUGAGUUUAGCGUUAAGGGAUACCGUGAUGACGUUUAGAAUACGUCACAGGCCAAAUGAGCAAUUAAAGCUUCGAAUUGGAAUGCAUUCCGGGCCUUGCGUGGCUGGUGUCGUUGGUCUGAAGAUGCCCAGGUACUGUUUAUUCGGGGACACUGUGAACACCGCGUCCAGGAUGGAAAGUAAUGGAGAAGCUCUAAAAAUCCACGUCAGCCCGAAGACGAAAGAAAUUUUAGAUACGUUUGGGACGUUUGAACUCGUUUGUAGAGGCGAGGUUACUUUGAAGGGUAAAGGUACGAUGACAACCUACUGGUUGAUCGGUGAAAAACUACUGGGUAGCAAUGUUCAGGAAACGAUCACCGUGUCGUCGGUGAUGACAACAGUAACAUCCAUGACAACGACGAGCAAUCAAGUGUCGAUCGAUCAACCACGAUCGCACGAAGAUCGUGCAAACGUGGCUACUUAUCAAACAGUGCAAUCGAAAUCGGACGAGAUUCAAUCUAAACAGAAUUGUCAAGAACAAAAUCAUCGAGCGGCGCAAAAGGGGGUUCAAGAGCAGCAAAGAAUACAGUCGAGUCAGCAGAAAGGUCAAGAGCAUCGACAACAGGUUGGUGGUCAAGGCGGAAGUCUGGAAUUGCAGAAUCGCAGCAAGGAUAGAAGUGGUGGCGAUGGUGGCCGCGGUGGUGGCAAGGAAGAUGGUGGAGGCGGAGGUGGAGGUGGAAGAAAUAGAGAUUGGAACGACGGUAGCAAGGACGAGGGCAAGGUGGAGAGACAAGGUGGAGAGACAUUUACCAAGGGAAACGGUUUAACGAGUCGCGUUCGCACGAUAAGCAACGGUUCGUCCGCUUCACCGUCUCGUAAUCAUUCUCUCGGUUCGACAUCGUCGAUCAACGUUUCACAGGGGCGACGGCCCUAUCAAGCUAGCGAAAGCGUGGCGAAUCACACGGAAAGCGGUUCGAGCGCACCCCUCCUUGUACCCACGACACCCGCUUCGAGAGUUUAGUUCCUUUCUUUCGUUCUUUUAUUCACACAUUUACCUUGCGAUCUUCCGUCGGAUAAAUCAUCCUCGAUAUACGUGUAUCAUCAUGUAGAGUAGCAGCUGAUUAACUUUCGGAUCGGUAAUUAUCCGAUCGAAAUUUGGGUCCACAUGUUCGAAAGAAUUUCUUUCGAAGUAAAAAAAAAAAAA